AUGGGUGUCCCGAAAUUCUUCCGCUGGCUGAGUGAGCGGUAUCCGUCAAUCUCGAUGCUGAUCGCAGAGAGCCGGAUACCCGAAUUCGAUAGCCUAUACCUCGACAUGAACGGCAUUAUUCACAACUGUACACAUAGUGACAGCGAUUCCCCGACAUUUCGCAUGACGGAGGAUCAAAUGUUCAUUGCCAUCUUCAAUUACAUUGAACAUCUAUUUGGCAAGAUCAAGCCCAAGAAACUGUUCUAUAUGGCGGUAGACGGUGUUGCGCCUCGCGCUAAAAUGAAUCAACAACGCGCUCGUCGAUUCCGAACGGCUCUGGAUGCAGAAAAUGCGAAGGAGAAGGCCAUCCAGCAGGGUCUGGAGAUGCCAAAGGAAGAUGCCUUUGACAGCAACUGCAUCACCCCAGGUACCGAAUUCAUGCAAAAAUUGACGAAACAACUCAAAUACUUCAUCAACAAGAAGAUCUCGGAGGACACUGAUUGGCAAGGUGUGGAAAUUGUGCUUUCUGGGCAUGAGGUUCCAGGAGAAGGUGAGCACAAGAUUAUGGAAUACAUUCGCUGCUCGAAAGCGCAGCCUGACUAUGAAUCCAACGUUCGCCACUGUCUUUACGGUCUGGAUGCCGAUCUGAUCAUGCUGGGUCUUCUCAGCCAUGACCCUCACUUCUGCCUUCUUCGAGAAGAGGUGACAUUUGGUCGCCAAGUAUCCAAGAAGCCCAAGGAACUGGAACAUCAAAACUUUUAUUUGUUGCAUCUGAGCGUGGUUCGGGAAUAUUUGGAAUUAGAAUUCCAAGAGCUAGAACAAGAAGGUGUUCUGGAUUUCCCAUUCGAUAUGGAGCGUGUUAUUGAUGAUUUCAUUCUCAUGGCCUUUUUCGUUGGCAACGAUUUCUUGCCCAACCUUCCAAACUUACAUAUCAACGAGGGUGCCCUUGCCCUUAUGUUCAAGCUCUACAAGGAGGUGCUGCCAAAGAUGGGCGGCUACAUCAAUGAGCAGGGUGUUAUCAAUGUGCAACGGUUGGGUAUGCUCGUGACCGCACUCAGUGCUGUGGAAUACCGAUUCUUUGAGGCAGAGAACUCUGAUGCACAAUGGAUCAAGUCAAAGAAAGACUCAAACAUUGAUUAUUCAACCUCGCAACAGAAGAAAGAGCUUACGCUCACUCCUUCUCAAAAGGAGAUCCUCAAGACGGUCAAGAAGUACGUUCUGAACCGGUCUGACAAGGCCUCUGAACCUCUUGAUCUUCCCCCUACACUUCCAGCCCGUGACCGCACUUUCGUUGAACGGCUUGCGGAUGAGCUCCGGUUGUCUUGGUCCUCCCUCGACAAUGAGAACGGUGAUCGGUUCAUGAGGCUCUCCUUGCCUCCGACUCAGGGCGAUAGUGAUGACGACGAAGAGGAUGAGGAGGCAUCAAUGGCUGUUCAGCGUAUUAUUCGGAAGUACGAGAAGGCCAAGGUUCAGGAGAUGACGGCCGAGGAAGCGCAGAAGGCUGCCCAGGAGAAAUAUGACACCAAGUUCCUUGAAUGGAAAGAUAAAUAUUAUCGGACCAAGUUCGGUUGGGGUCUCGACAACAAGGAAGAGAUGAAGAAGCUGGCACAAAACUAUGUGCAAGGAUUGCAGUGGGUCUUGUUCUACUAUUACCGUGGCAUUGCAUCGUGGCCCUGGUUCUUCCAGUACCACUAUGCCCCUAUGAUCUCUGAUGUGAAUGAUGGCCUUGGUGCAGACAUGGACUUCAAGUUGGGACAGCCUUUCCGGCCGUUCGACCAACUUAUGGGUGUCUUGCCCGACCGCAGUAAGAAGAUCGUGCCUACUGCGUAUUGGGACCUGAUGACCUCGCCUGAUUCCCCCAUCUACGACUUCUACCCUCGUGAUUUCGAUCUUGAUAUGAACGGGAAAAAGAUGGAAUGGGAAGCUGUUGUCAAGAUCCCAUUCAUCGACGAAAAGCGGCUGUUGGACGCCCUUAAAACGAAAGAAAACCUUCUUUCCGCGGACGAAAAAGCAAGAAACGACUUUGGGGCCUGUCUCAAAUUCACCUAUUCCCCAGAGGUGAAUUUCGUCUACCCCUCCUCAAUGCCUGGUGUAUUCCCGGAUCUUCCUAGCUGCCGUUGCAUUGAGAACCUCUUCGAUCUCCCUGUCAUGGAUGGUUUGGUGCCCUACGCUGGCUUAAUGGACGGCGUGCACCUAGGCAAGGCAGCGCUUGCUGGCUUCCCUAGCAUCAAGACACUUCCGCACCAUGGCCAAUUGGGUUUCCACGGUGUUUGCGUGUUCAAUCAAGACAGCCGCAAUGAGAGUCAGGUUAUUACACUCCUCGAUCCGGGAAGCCGGUCGAGCAUUGAACUAGCUAAGACGAAGCUCGGGAAGCGUGUCCACGUUGGUUAUCCAUUCUUGCAAGAAGCUCUUGUGGUUCGCGUCUCAGACGAAUUAUUUGAUUAUAUUCUUCCUGUCGGAGAAGAACACCCUGUCUCUAUUCCCCAUACCCCUCAGCAAAUUGAGCAGUGGAAGAGGAAGGCCAACAAGAUCGAGGGCACCUACAGCAAGCGUCUAGCAAUUAUCAUUGGCGAUGUCGAAUCUCUGGUCCACAUUCAACUUCUGAAGGGCAUGAGCAAGACUGAUGAUGGAGCCACGGUCAAGGAAUUCGCUGAUAUACCCGGCCAAGAGACAGACUAUGCUCUUCAGGUUAUUGUUGAUGAUGUGAUCAAUCCUGAUGAACGUUUCAUUGAGCGGGAAGCCCUCUCUAUCCAAGAAGAAUUCCCUGAGGGUUCUCGUGCCUUCUUCUUGGGUGACUUCAACUACGGAAGGCCUGUGUAUGUUAGCGGACACGAGGAUGGAAAGGUGAAUGGACUGGUCGCGGCUGUGAAAGGUCGUGAGCCAGAAUUCGGUCGAGAGCGUGUUAAGGUAUCCGAGCAACUUUGCCCGUACAUGCCUUCGUACGCUGUUGCCCGUAGUCUUCGCCUCAAUCCUUUGGUACUGGCUAAGAUCACAUCUUCCUUUACUGUUGACAUCGAAGGCCAACGUGCGAACCUCGGUCUUAACCUGAAGUUCCAGGCAAAGCAACAGAAGGUUCUUGGAUACUCCCGUCGGGGAGAAUCCGGCUGGGAAUUCAGCCAGAAGGCAGUAGAACUGAUUCAACAGUACAUGAUCAAUUUCCCCGAAUUCAUUGCUGGCAUCCAGCGCAACCCUCAAAGCGACCGUUAUUCUCCCACUGAUUUCUAUCCCGAGGAAAUUGCCGCCCUCAAGAUGAAGGAGAUCAAGGAUUGGCUCAAAUCUAUAGAAGCUAAGAACUUCGAGAGAGUGCCCCUCGAUGCUGAGCAGCUUGACUCGGAUAUUGUGAUGUUAAUUGAGCAAGAUGCCGACAAUCUCAAUGCAUCCCUGCCAGAAAUGCAACCGAAGAAGGUUCGGGGUGUACCCCGCAGUGCUCUCCUUCGGCCUGCCGAUGUCGAGCACCGUCUCGGAAACCAAAGUUUCAAGCUCGGCGAUCGGGUUGUGUAUGCCCAGGAUUCUGGUAAGGUGCCGAUCGCUACUCGUGGCACAGUUGUCGGUCUCACCAGAACCUCGCGAGCUCUUCUGCUUGAUGUUGUCUUUGAUGUGUCGUUUAUGAGCGGCACUACACUAGGUGGCCGAUGCUCACCAUUCCGUGGUCAAACUGUUUUGGCAUCUUCCCUCCUCAACAUCUCCAACCGGCAACUUAUUACCAGUUCCCGUGCUACAGCUAGCCAGCAGACCCAGCAAACAAAGACUCCUUUGACAGUUGCUGGGUACGGCGCCCCUAUUGGCCCCAACGGACAGGGACAACUGAGAAACGCAACUGCCCCUCCACCCCUAAGAGGUUCUUUCCGAGGAGCUGUCACCGGACAGGGCAAUGGCGGUGGGCGUGGAGGUCGCGGGGGUCUUGGUCUCAACAACGGACAGCAGACCACUCUCCCCUUCCGUCCCCACGCCAAUGGUGGUGGUGUUCCCCGUGGUCCUCGUGGUGGCGGUCGCGGAGGUGCCCGGGGUGGAUAUGUCGCAAUGGAUAACAGCGACCCCAACGAGGGUGUUAUCCAAAACAACCCCAACUUCCGUCCGCAGGACUACUCUCGCGUCCCGCCGCCGCAAGGAUUGGAUCGAGGACGUGGCCGUGGUCGCGGUCGUGGUAAUGGGUUCCGUGGCAGAGGAGGUCGUGGACGAGGUGCGCCCCAGGCCACCCCCCAGUGA